AAAUUCAAACCAUACAUCAUCUUACUUUCAAUACUUAAAGAGUGGAUCCGUUUGCCAAAGAAGAAGAAGAAAAAGAAAAAGAAGAAGAAAGAGGCUAGAAUGAGUACAGCAAGGUUUAUCAAAUGUGUCACAGUGGGUGAUGGUGCAGUCGGCAAGACAUGUAUGCUCAUAUCUUACACUAGCAAUACUUUUCCGACGGAUUAUGUGCCAACGGUGUUCGAUAACUUCAGUGCAAAUGUUAUUGUGGAUGGAAGCACCGUGAAUCUCGGACUUUGGGAUACUGCCGGCCAAGAAGACUACAACAGGUUGAGGCCUUUGAGCUAUAGAGGUGCUGAUGUCUUCCUGCUUGCCUUCUCCCUCAUCAGUAGAGCUAGCUAUGAGAACAUCCAUAAGAAGUGGGUACCAGAGCUGAGGCACUAUUCUCCUUCCGUUCCAAUCGUCCUUGUGGGUACAAAGAUGGAUUUGCGAGACGACAAGCAGUUCUUCAUGGAUCACCCUGGCGCUACACCAAUCACCACUACACAGGGUGAAGAAUUGAAGCAGCUGAUAGGUGCUGCUGCUUACAUAGAAUGCAGCUCUAAGACUCAGCAGAAUGUAAAGGUUGUUUUUGACACUGCUAUCAAAGUGGUUUUGCGACCUCCUAAACAAAAGAAAAGAAGAAGAAAGCCAAGAUCCUGCGUUGUUCUUUGAUUCAUUUUGUCAUUAAGAUCGAAACCUGCCGGGCUUCUUAGCCUUUUCAUUUUCAUCUUUGGGUUCCUUCAUUUGGAUACUUCAACCUGCAGAAUGCAAGUUUAAAACUGCUUCAGGCGAGGAAGCUUGGCUUGUUCCAGUAUAUAAUUUGCGUUCCUUACUGAA